AUGAGUGAAAGAGAAAGACAAUCUGCUGCUGUAAGACGAAGACCACUUAAUCAGCCGCACCAACAUCACAUUGCAGAACUUCAUAGGUGGACGCAGCAAUCCACAGAAGACAGAAGUACAAUAUCAGCCUCAUCUGAACUCAGGAUUGUUCUGCUGGGUAAAACUGGAUCAGGAAAGAGUUCAGCAGGAAACACCAUCCUGGGCCAACAUUUUUUUGAAGAGGCUGUUUCACCAGUGUCAGUUACUAAAACCUGUAAGAGGAAAGAAGCACCGAUUGGUGACCAGAUCAUCUCAGUUGUCGACACUCCAGGCCUGUUUGAUACGACAAUGACAAAACAGAAAAUGAAGAAUGAAAUCGAGAAGUGUGUCUACAUGACUGUUCCUGGUCCUCAUGCAUUUCUGUUGCUGAUAAAAGUGGGGAGAUUCACAGAUGAAGAGAAGAGUGCAGUGAAAUGGAUUCAGAUGAACUUUGGAGAAGAUGCUGCACAUUACACCAUCAUUCUGUUCACUUACGCUGAUCAGUUGAAGAGAAAACCUUUAGAUGAGUAUAUAAGAGAAAGUAAUGAUCUCAAGGCUCUUGUUAAUGAGUGUGGUGGCAGAUUUCACUCAUUCAACAAUGAAGACACAGAAAAUCACUCUCAGGUCACUGAACUGCUGCAGAAGAUUGAGAAGAUGGUGGAGAAGAAUGAAUGGACAUUCUACACUCAUGAGAUGUACCAGGACGCUCAGAGAAAGAUACUAGACAGAGCACAGUUCUGGUCUGGAAAUCCUCGGAUUCUGCUGCUGGGUAAAACUAGGUCAGGAAAGACCAGUGCGGUAGAAACCAUUGUGGGCUGA